GCGCAUGAGACAAGAAAGUCAAGCACAUACCUCAAGCGUUUUGCAUGAGUAAGAAAUUCAUGUGCAGGGAGACAAAUCUUGAGGUAUGUGCUUGCUCAUGUGCUUGAGAAAAAAAGCUUCACUAGGGAACUUAUCUCUCUUUUCCCAUUUCACUUCCAGUUAUAUGCCUGAUGAUACUAGAUUAGUAUCGAAAGCUCCAAAAAAUGUAAAACGCCUUUACUUAACGUGUUUGCAAUUGUAUUUUCUUAAAAAAAGUAAAAAGACAAAAAACUAUUAAUGUAUCAGAAAAAGAAUCUAAUAAUUUUAUUCAGAAAACAACAGAGUAAAACCUGUACUGAUAUUGUUUGAUUUAUUUGGUUUAGAUUGUUUGGUUGAUCGUUUGGUUUAGAAUAUAAUUUUAGAAUUGGUAAAGAGUGAUGAAUCGAGGUGUCUUAAUUUUCUGAACCCUUAAAAAAGGUUUUGCAAUGAGUUUUCGACCCCUCCGAUAACUUUUUAGUUAGCUGUUCGGGACCCUUUUCUGAACCCUGAAAAAAGGCUUAAGAGAGGGUUUUUGACACCUCCGAUACCUCUUUCGGUACCUCAUUGCAACACUUUGUAGGAAAUUUGAUUUUGCCGAGAACUCAGCUUCUGCCAUCAUUUUGAGUUCGCAGUAGAUUAGGGUAGAUGCGAGCAAAUGAGAGUAGGAGAUUUGAUUUCGCCGAGAACUUAAUUACUACUAUUUUUCUGAGCUCGCGGUAGAUGAGGGUAGGAGAUAGACUUUCGCAGCACACUUAACUUCUACUAUUUUUUUGACUUCGCGGUACAAGAGAGUAGACGGGAGCAGGAGAUUUCAUUUCGCUGCGAAGUUAACUUCUGCUAUCUAUUUGAGUUCGCGGUAGACGAUGGUAGAUCAUAGUAAAUGAGCGUAGAUGAGAGUAGGAGAUGUGAUUUCGCCGCGAACAUAACUUCUCCUCUCCUUUUCAGUUCGCGGAAGAUGCGAGUAGGAGAUUUGAUUUCGCCGGCAAGUUGUCGAUGUCUGCUGUGCAGGCAGAAAUGACAUUUGAAGUAGAUUCUCCAGGAAUCUGACUAAUGAACGGGAAAACGUGUUCUCGUGGUGUAGUGGUUAUCACAUCUGCUUAACACGCAGAAGGUCCCAAGUUCGAUACUUGGCGAGAACAUUCUUUUUUCUUCCGGUCUUCCACGGACCUGAACUAUUACUUUUUUUUUCAGUCGACUGAGUGAAACGAAAGGAGACUUAUUGCUUUUAUAGCACGAUAAUGAACCAGCUGAUAUAUCAAUGUGAAUAAUAUGCCAUAGAAGGUACAUAGACAGUUAUGACUUUCUGGGUAUUCUGAUUUCGUCUGAUUAUCAUUCCACCCAGUCGACUUUCCAAUUUUUGCGCUGCAUAGUUCUUUCUUUCCAUACCGUUUUCUGAUUCGAAUCAGCUACUCGUUCUAGGUUAUAACUAAUUAUAGAAAUUCGGGAAAAAUAUCAGUCUGAUACUUGUAGAUGACAAAUCUGAAGUUAAUGCGAAUCCGAAAGAUGCGCAUCACGAAACUUGCGCAUGGAAAGAUGCGCACGAGAGACUUCUUUACUCUAUCGUCACAUAUAUUUUGUCUUAAAAAUUUUUAACAUUCUGACUAGUUAACCCAAAGUUUUUUCUUUUAAAAUUCAAAAUGUUUUAAUUUAAAUUUAAAUUCUGCUCAAAAUUUUGUUUUGAAAUUCUCUUGCGCUUAUUCCAUGCAGAAUGGCAUCAGCUACAACCUCUCUAGCUAAAAUUUUUCUUGAAAAUUCUUUCUUAUUGUGCAAUCGUUGGCUAGGUUUUCAAAAAUUACUUUUUAUGCUUAAAAGUAGAAAAAACACUCUUUUAACAAUGGUUUACUUAAAAAACCUAAGUCGUUGGAAAACUUUUCAAGCUUUUUAAAACUUAUUAUAUAUAAUCAAAGAUUGUCUACAAAACAACUCUACAGCGACGUUGAUGGGACAUUACAAUAAAAUAUAAUGAAUUAUUUUACAGUACUAUAGAAAUCUUAAUUAAAUUAAAUUAUUAAGUAUUGAAUUACUUCUAAAUUGUGUAUUUCAGACAUAAUAACGGAGAUCGGACAACCACUCCAGGUCAUAGCCCACACUAUGUCAAAAUAUAGACCGUGUGUGUGGAACCCUCCCUUAAUAAUCGUAAAAAGACCAUUGUGGAUAUUUCCGAGCGCCGAAAACUUGCAUCUUAGCUUAGAUCGUAGAUCAGUUCUCCUUCUCUGCUUUAUCUAUCAAAGAACGUAUUUCAUUCUUAAAUUGUCUGUCUAUUAAAUUUUUUAGAGAUCAAAGUGAAGAACUCGCAAUAGCAGUACCCACAUCAAACGUAGCAGUAACAGCAAUAAUCACAAGCGCAACAAUGACGAACAAUGAAUCUGCUAAUCUUGAAACUAGUAGUAUUUUAAAGUGUAUCAACUCCGAUUCAUUGUUAUUAGAAAAUUUGAUAGCAGCUGGUGAGUUCUUUUUUAAUAAUAUUUAUUUUCAACAGACAAUUGAUAUUGAUUUUGAUUAUUCAUUUAUACCAGAAAAAGAACGACCAGUUAACAUUGUCGAUUGUCAUGAUGAAAGUAGUCUUGAUUUAUUAGUAAAAAUACACACAUUAUUUAAUGGGUAUUUGAUACCCAUUAGCGCUCAACAGUUAAAACAACAUCCAAAUACCUUAGCUGAGUAUUUAUCAGCAUUACCAAGUAAUAAAUUUGACUUUAUACUUGUACGUGAUAUCACGUCUGUAUCUAGUACAGCUGACAUACGACGCGAAUGUAAAAUGAUUGUUGACUCCUAUAACCUUCUCCCGACUCAUCGAUACCCAGUAUUUCCAUUAAUCAACAUGUCAAAUACAAAUGAUCGGCAAAUACAAUACACACUACAGAAUUUACGCGAGCAACUUAUUUCAUCCGUUAAAAAUCAAAUUCAUGCAGUUAUUGAUAAACAAGUCUUUGAAAAUGAUUUACAAAAAUUAUUACAUCCAAAGUAUAUUCAAUAUUUGACUAAAACUAAUUCUAUUAUUAGAUCGCUGAAGCAACACUUGGUUGAUAAAGAUUUAGAUCAUCAAAAUCAAAACAAUUUUCCUUUGUAUUUAAAAUUUAUAAAACUGUGCAAAUUGAGACAACAAUUAAAGAAAACUGAUUUCUAUGGAUCGAAUGAUGAAGCUGCAUUCAAUUUAACUCAUGAUGCGUGUAAAUUAGAAAAUAAACUUAAUCCAGAAUUAUUAUUAAAUCAUGAUACGGUUAGUACUAUCUUUGAUAUGUUUAUUGAAAUAUUAAAAAGUGAACAUCGACUGAUGAGUUUAAAUUUAUUAUCCUCGAAAUUACAAUAG